GGAUCCUCUAGAGGAUGGAACUGACCUUUGCUUCCCUCUAUUCACUGAGGGUUCCCGUGCACUGAAUCGUGCCAAUUUGUGCUGCCUUGAGAGUGACUUUACAUAAGCUGGCAAAGCACACAGGCUAAGUGCUGAGGAGAGGGACCAGCUGCUGCCAAAUCUGAGGGCUGUGGGAUGGAAUGAGCUAGAAGGCCGAGAUGCCAUCUUCAAGCAAUUCCAUUUCAAAGACUUUAAUAGGGCUUUUGGCUUCAUGACAAGAGUGGCCUUGCAGGCCGAGAAACUGGACCACCAUCCUGAAUGGUUUAACGUGUACAACAAGGUCCAUAUCACCUUGAGUACCCAUGAGUGUGCAGGCCUUUCAGAACGGGAUAUAAACCUGGCCAGCUUCAUCGAACAAGUAGCAGUGUCCAUGACUUGAAGUCUACUCUUCUUCUUUGAAUUCAAGGGAAGUGGGUGCCUGAAGUGGGAAUCUAGAGAGGGGACUAGAGAGCUUCGGGAUGUUGCUCUGUUCAAAACUUCAAGGUUCGUCCUACUGCCUGAUUAGGAGUCAGUUUUUGCUUGUCCAACAUCACUGUCAAGAACUUAGACCUUUGUUUUCCACUUUCUUCAUCCUUGGGGCUCUGUUACAUGUCAACUAAUUUGAAUAAGAUCUUCCUGGUGAUUACAAUUCCCAAGCAACAGCACUGAUCAUCUUCCCAGGCUGUGCCUUGCUUGAUCCUUUUCUGUUGCAUUUCCCCAGAGGUGAUAGAAGUCAUGUCUAAGAUAAACAAAGUCUCAUCUUAGAAAUCAGGACCCUAAAGUCAACCUCAUCCCAAGGAACAGAAACAUAUGCUUUUAUGCCUCCAAUAAAACUAAUUCUUUACUGGGA